GGAUCUCGUUCUCCCUCCUUUUCCCGCGCUCACACCUUCGCACCUCGUCGACAGAGACGGAGCAUGUCUUGAGUCGAGAUCAAGACGGCCAACUUAUAUCUAUCAAACCGUCUCAGUGCGUCCUGGUCAAAGCAGUCUUUGAUUUUUGAUUUAACUGUCAGUCGCAAUUCAUCGCAACAAUACAAAGACGUAGUUGUUAUUAUUAUUGUGGAUUUUCAGUAGUGUUGAUUGUCUAAAAUGAUGUCCAGUUCGAUAUCGUCUCGGUCAGCGUCAGUGAGCAUCGCGACGUCGACUGUCGGAAGCGUCGCGACUCCGGCUACGGUAGCGUCGCCGACGCAAGUUCUGCAAAGUGUCGUAUCUUCGACGGAAUGUACGCAGGAGUUGGACAAAAGUGAGAUCAACGAUGCAGUGACUAAGGUCCUACAGGGAUACGAUUGGACGUUGGUGCCUAUUGCUUCAAAAGCAGCGACGGAUAAAAGAAAAUUGCAUGUUAAACGGCCGAUGAACGCGUUUAUGGUUUGGGCCCAAGCAGCUAGAAGGAAACUUGCCGAUCAGUAUCCUCAACUUCAUAACGCAGAAUUAUCAAAAACACUGGGAAAAUUAUGGAGAGUUCUCAGCGACAACGACAAGAAACCUUUCAUAGAAGAGGCCGAACGCCUUCGAGUGAUCCACAAACGCGAACACCCCGAUUACAAAUACCAACCGCGCAGGCGAAAACAAAACAAAAACACAACCGAUUCAGUCCACCAAAUUCCGCACCCACCAAGCCAUUCCUAUACCCGCACAAUGAAACAAGAAGAAUCCCCUUGCAGUCCAAGGAGUCACAGUUCAACAUCCCCUUCCACAUGCUCGUCGCAACCGAACAGUCCGAACAUACCUUCGCAACUGCUGAAGUCCUGCGAGCAACAUAACUUCGAGAUUGACUCUUAUCACAGAAUACCUGAAAUCGACAGCAGUUACAUGCCAGAUGAGUGUUUAGACAGCAGCGAUUUCGACCAAUAUCUUCCUUACGAAAACUACCAAGAUGAUACCAAUAACAACAACAAAAGCAAGCGAUUGUGUACAGAAGCAACACCAUCUAGUAACACAUUCAGCAGGUACCACGAACUUCAACCUAGUUCUGUUGUGAAAUCAGAGAGAUACUUGCAAACGAAUUCGUCUGGAGUAUACGCAUAUUCGUCAGCACCGUCUAGUUACUAUUCAAACAACUCUCAGUAUUUACCGUCUUAUCAAUAUUUGCCUCAGAGGCCCGUAUUUGGUGGAUCAUCUAAUGUCGGCACUUACACUACAAUGGAAGGAAACGGAGAGGCUUGGGGACAUUACACUGUGUGA